AUGGCGAUGGCGGGCUUACAAGACGAGGACAAAGCAUUAUUUCCCGUACGAAGUAUAUCAUCUAUUGUACAAAUAUUUGAAAAGCAGCUGUCAAACAAUAACAGUGAACCAGAUUUAACGCUGCUGUCGAUACUUGUUGGAGCUGUUGAAAAUUCAUUAACCUGCAACCGUACGGUAGCGUCACCGGAGAAUACUAUUUACGAUGAACCAAAAUUACCAGCUCUUGAAUUUCAUAUUGCUGAAGCACUCUACACUAAAUUUCAUGCGAUAAUUAAAGGCGCAAUUGAUUUAACGCUCUAUGACAGUAAAUACGCGUCAAGAGAGCUUGUUAAACGUGUAUCGGAUGUUAUUUGGAAUUCGUUGACAAGAAGUUAUUACAAAGAUCGUGCUCAUUUACAAAGUUUGUAUAGUUAUUUAACCGCUAAUAAACUUGACUGCUUUGGAGUUGCAUUUGCGGUUGUUGCUGGCUGUCAAGCAUUGGGAUUCAAAGAUGUACAUCUUGCUAUGUCUGAGGAUCAUGCGUGGGUUGUUUGUGGUGAGGAUGGCAGUGAAACUGUCGAGGUUACGUGGCAUGGUAAAGGGAAUGAGGAUAAACGUGGACAGCCGGUAGAAGCAGGUGUUGCUUCACGCUCCUGGUUAUACGUCAAUGGGAAUGCUGUUGUUUGUACGAGAGCGAUGGAAGUCGCAACAAUAGUAUCUGCGAUAAAUCCAAGUUUAAGUGCGACUGCGGAUGCUGCAGAGGUUGCAUUGCUGCAGCAAGAAUUGUUGUGGCUACUCUAUGACUUGGGACACUUGGCUAAGUACCCAAUGGCACUGGGAAACUUGGGUGAUUUAGAGGAAGCUGCUCCUACACCUGGUAGACCGCCGGCUAUUGUUCUCUUCCAGGAAGCUAUUAAGUCGGCGAGAAAAUACUAUGGUAAUGCUCAUGUUUAUCCAUACACGUAUCAAGGGGGAUAUUUGUACCGACAUGGACUACACGCAAAUGCUUUAGCAUCUUGGGCAGACGCUGCUGAUGUUUUACGAAAGUAUGAUUAUUCACGUGACGACGGUGAAAUAUAUAAAGAGUUAUUGGAAAUAGCCAAUGAAUUAAUACCACACACAGUUAGAGCAGAUGAACGAUUAUUGCGGCAGCCCCGUUGUUUUGCGUAUUUACUCCGCUUUUAUGACGGAAUAUGCCAGUGGGAGGAGGGAGCAAACACACCCGUACUUCAUAUAGGUUGGGCAAGACCAUUGGUAAAUACAAUAUCGAAAUUCGAUGCUAGUAUUCGGGCACAAGUUAUUAUUGAGUGCCAUGAUGAACCAGUGGCUUACAGUAAACACGACGACGAUACUGGAUCGCGACGUGAAGCUAGUCCCGAUGAUCGAUUUCUUAAUAACAAUAAUACAUCAGUCAGUAAUAAUAAUACUAUAAAUAAUAAAAAUAUCAACAACAAUCAUAGUAAUAAUAAUAAUAAUAAUAAUAUUAAUAAUAAUAAUAAUAAUAAUAAUAAUAAUAAUAAUCAUAGUAAUAAUAAUAACAACAACAACAACAAUAAUAAUAAUAAUAAUAAUAACAAUAACAACAAUAACAAUUAUUGCAAGACUAAAGAACGCAACAAUGUUGCGCGUGAUUUAAUAGCAAAGCUGGAAUCAAAAGUACCAUCCAAUAACACAGCGCCGAUGCAUCCAAGUAUACAGGCUUUGACGGCAGCAUGCAGUGAAAAAAUAUUAAAUCGUGAUUACUUAUUACAAGGUGAUGGUGAGCCAUUUGUUGCGCCACAAGAUAACUCACUACCGCCUAUACCUUCCACAUCACAAGAGAGUCUCGACCCAGAAGUCGAAAUAGACUCGGAAAAUGAUAGUCCUAAGAUAACAUUGUAUAGUGAAAAAAUGAAAGGACUAAAAGAUUUAUUAUUAGCUGAAAAAUUAAAUACACAUGCUAUUUCAUUACAAUUAACAGCACAGAGUCAAGUGCAGAUUGGUAAAAAAACCAGGGGCAAUGAUGAUAUUGGAUUACAUCAGCGUCCAAAGAGGACACGUCGCGAGUAA